AUGCCCCAGAAUGAGUAUAUCGAGGAGCACAUCAAGCGGCAUGGGCGGCGGCUUGAUUACUACGAGCGAAAACGCAAACGCGAAGCACGAGCUGUCCAUCGAUCAUCUGCGACUGCCCAAAAGGCCUUUGGUCUGAAGGCUAAGCUCCUGCAUGCAAGGCGGCAUGCGGAGAAGGUUCAAUUGAAAAAGACGUUGAAGGCUCACGACGAGCGGAACGUUAAGCAGAAAGACAAUUCUUCCGUACCAGAUGGGGCUUUGCCAACAUAUUUGCUCGACCGUGAAGGACAGAAGGAUGCUAAAGCGCUGUCGACCGCGAUCAAGGAGAAGCGGAAGGACAAGGCGGCGAAGUAUGCUGUCCCAUUACCGAAAGUCAGGGGUAUCGCAGAGGACGAGAUGUUCAAAGUUAUGCGGACUGGGAAGAGCAAGAAGAAGUCGUGGAAGCGCAUGGUCACGAAGGCAACCUUCGUCGGUGAGGGCUUCACAAGAAAACCUGUGAAGAUGGAGAGAUUCGUUCGUCCUAUGGCAUUGCGGUAUAAGAAGGCGAACGUCACACAUCCCGAUCUCAAGGCGACCUUCCAAUUACAAAUUCUAGGGGUUAAGAAGAACCCCCAGUCUCCAAUGUAUACGCAGCUGGGGGUUUUGACAAAGGGGACGGUUAUCGAAGUCAAUGUUUCAGAACUCGGCAUGGUGACCACAGGUGGCAAAAUCGUCUUCGGGAAGUAUGCACAAAUCACCAACAAUCCCGAGAAUGAUGGUUGCAUAAAUGCUGUCUUGCUGGUCUGA